AUGACGUUCAUUGAUAUUCUUCCAAUACUACUAGCAUAUGUUCGAAGUCGUCAAGCUCCUGGCAAGCCAGUUCUGUGGAUUGCUCAUAAUGCAAAAGGUUUUGAUGUCCCUUUCCUUAACCAAGAGUUUGACCGUUGUUCAGCCCAGGUUCCUUCAGAUUGGCUAUUUGACGACAGUCUUCGUUUAGCGAGAAAGUUGAAGAAAAUAGAUGGAAAGAAAAAUCUUGUGAACUUGGAGGCACUGGGAAAACGCUAUGGCAACAGUUUGGAAGACCCGUCUCAUAGAGCAAUGCCAAAUGUGGAAGCAUUAUGCAACAUUCUCCCAAAAAUCACGCUGGAUUUAAAAUUGACAUGUGACGAUCUAAUGAAUGAGGCCAUGAGAUUUAGUGAUGUCAAAAAGGUUUCUUGA